UGCCUUGACUCAAUAAAAGUUUGGCCCAAGACUGGAAUACCGGUAAAAGCUUUCUCCGUGUUCAUCAACGUCUAUGCUGGACAAGAUCCAGCAGGGGGCGCUGUGAUGCAGAGACAGAAAAUCUGGUACUCUGACACGUUGCCAGGAGUGGCUGCAGCAUCAGCACCAUCAGCUCCUCCUCCUCCUGUCCGCAGCAUCUCUCCCUGAGCACCAUUAUAGCCAGAAGGAGAGAGAGUGCAAGUCACAUGCGUGUUCCUGGUGGCAGCGGCAUAAGACGAUCAAAGAGCCCUCAAUGCAGAGUCACCGCAGAUUGCUUUGCUCGCUCAAAGGGAAUGCAAGAUGAGUGGUGAGCUGGUGUAAAAAAAAAAAAAAAAAGCUCUAUAUUUGGAAGACCACAUCACAGCAUCAAAAAGAACCAGAACCAAAUAAGGAGGGAAAACAGAGUGCUUUCUGAGUCAAUCAAUGGCCUCGGGCUCCCGAAUUUCCUUUGGGAUUAAUAAAGUAACCGCCUGGUAUCUUUGAGCGCUCGAAAGAAACCCUCCAAAAUGAGCAUCCCCACUAGCUUCAAGGGGAACGGGGUUGUUGAGAGAGCGGAAAAGAUCACAAGCAAAGCUCCAAACCAAUUUCCUCGCACUGGCGAUGACAAUGCCAAUCGAUUCGCUUUUUUGAGCGAUCAAGGAGGCUUGUCAGAAGGCACAGGAUGCAAUACGACCUCGCUUCCACCUUUGGUGUCACAAAGCGAAUCCCACGACAAGAUGAUCAUCUGGGGCUCCGAGCAGCAAUGUUCAGAGCCUGGGCUCAGAGAGAUCGAGCUCGUGGAGUGUCCGGCCAUACACACAUUCUUGAGAAACCCAAAUGUAGAGGACGACGAUGACGAAGACGGGCGAAGCACAGGAGAAGAUAAGGGUGAGGGUCCGAUGUCCAUUUCCUCCAGUUCAACUGCCAGCUCUACUUCCACUGGGGUGAGAAGGAACGACAACGACAGCAACAAAGUGCUGAACAGAACUCCGAAGGACGAAGAGGAGCGGGCAAAGAACACGUGUCAUAAUACAGAGCAAGGCAAUUGUGAGGCAGGCUUAACCGAAGAAGAGAACACCAAGAAAGGUCGGGGAGGGCUGAAGCAGUCCAAGUCGGAAACAAACGUGUUCGUCUCCAAUCUAUCCGCGAUCAGUCUCAGUGGAAGUCUGUCCAGCACUCUGGAUUCCAGCAGAGAAACUUUUAUCUGUCUGCCCAGCUCCAAGACCAACAUUUGUUACGCUAACAACACUACCUCAGCCCAAGCUAUAAGAAGGGCAGCUCGAGUCGAAAACGACCCUCCGCCAUUGUGUGAUCAGGAGAAACGUGAACGAUGCCGCAGUCAGGAUGACGGACAGGAUGAGAGAAGCCAUUGCAGAAAUGGAUCAUCCUCGGAUGGCGGUCUGGGCCAAAGAAGAAGGGCGGGAUUUGAGGAAAGGGUUCCACCACCGAGGCGACAACAGCUUGUUCGACCCCUGUGUCAGUCAGAAAUGGGUGGAGCUCAAAACUUAGCGGAGCUCCGCGGUCAGGGUGCUGAAGUCGGACGACCACCCUCCAACAACACCGCAACGGUUUCGCCAAGUCACGCUCCCAAUGGGUCAAACAAAAAGCUUACGAGAUCAUCUCUACGCGAACCAUCCGAUUUUUCACAUCUUUACAACACAUACGCAGUCUUCCAAUCCAGACAGCCCAACCAGGCAGCCAAAAAGGAGGUUUUGUCAGCGGAGAAGCAACCAGGUUCAAUGACAAAGUCGACUUCAAACGCCUCCAAAUCUUCCACCAUGGAGAAGCGACCCCAGACUCAGUUCACCUACAGACGGAAUUGCUCCAGUCCCAAAAGGACGUUUACGCCUCCCCACUCCCCUCUCAGGACGCCGCAGGGCUCACCACACAGGCAAGCCUCGAUGCACCUCAUCUCCAAGGAGGCACAUCGAGGAGUUCAACACACCCCUUCAGGAAGCAACCCUGAUGUCAAGCCAUCAGCCCAGGGCCAUGACAGCGUUUGCCCGAAAGCGCCAGUUCCAACCCACAUAAAUCCAACGGGAAUCCCCAGAGCGCCUCUCCCCAACCAGCAAAUCGUCCCCAAUUCAAGCCAUAUCUCGAGCCCCAAAGAGAGCUCUCCUUCACCCAAACUCAAACCUAAAGGAAUCCGCCCAAAAAUCAUCACUUACGUCCGUAAAAAUCCUCAGUUCAAGCCUCAGGCUGCCGACGGACCUUAUCAGGUAUCUUCUUUGCCAGCAAGGUUGCCCGUAUCCACACAUGGCGCAGGUGCAACGUCAUCUAGUUCUUUCAAAGAGACUCCUCAAGACCCCCUCAAGCCUGAGAAAGAAACCAGAGGGUCGCCAGUACUCAGUGCCUCCAACUUGCUUUUCGACAAGUACCACAAAGACAUGCAAACCAAUAUCUUCCCAUCAGGAUUACUGAGUCGGAGUAUCCGGGCUCCGGGACAUUCAAACACCGUCCCUCCAACACAUACGCACAGCUAUACAGCGCCCCCAAAACUGGCCGGUAAAAUGGGGGACUUCUAUGGAACACACUCAGAGGUCGGCAGAUCAGCCAGUUUUAAAGAGAGUUCCGCGGAGGACCCGAUACAGAUUCGGACAGCCGCUCAGACCGGAGGGAGCGGAAGUCUCUUGCGCUCUGGCAGAGGUCUACGUUUAGGCCUGGGUGCUGUGACCAGGACAGCUUCAAGUUCAGUCAAGGGCAAAGGUCAGAGGUCAACAGUCAUCCAACAAGUCUGCCCAGCAGCCAGCCAGAAGAGCCACAGCACCACAGCUGACGAUGAGGUUUUCACUCUUCCCGCUCCUGAGGCUCCAGCAUCAGCACAGGCGCAGGCCGUGACCUCCAGGACCCUGCUUCCCAAAGGAAGCCAGUCAGGCCUUCGCGCGCCUGGCUACAGUUCCACCCGACUACCCGUGGGCCGCCUGGCCGCGUUUGGCUUCGUCAGGAGUUCAAGCGUGUCCUCCGUUUCCUCCGCACACUCGGCCGACAGCGCGCAGAGUGACCCGAGCAGGACGGCUCACCGUCUGAGUGUGAGCGAGGACCCUCCUCUACAUCGAGUGACCGGCGCCCCGGCAUCAACAGAUCACCAAAGAGGUCCGCCAUGUCGCAGCGUCAGCCUUCAGCCACCGUCCACCCCAGCUUUGCCGCGCCGCUACCUGCCCGCUCAACCGAGAAGCUCCCCUGGGGUUGGCAGGAAGGAGUUCCAGCGGAGUUCAGAGGUAACGCGCUCCCUCCCGUCCUCCCCAAAGAGACUGGCAGUUGUUCCGCCCAAGCCUCAGUCGCCAGGAUUUGCUCCGCCAAGAAUGGCUAAUGUGGUCACCACAUGUCAAGUCCAGUCAGGCCAGCGGCCUGCAGGAGGACUGGCCCGGGGGUCUGUCGCCCCUGGCUCCCCUCGCCGGGGUCCUCCGCUGAAGCCGCAGCAAGAGAAGGCUGAUGCUCAGACGAGAGAAGAAGAAAGGAAAGCAAAGGAGAGAGAGAACGAGGAGCAACGCGAGGAGCUGGAGAGGCUGCGUGGACGCUGUGAGCAGCAAGAGAAGCAACUGAAAGCAUUGCAAGAAGAACUGAGGAAGACCUCUUUGGGUUUAGAAGCCUUCAUCGUCACCACUCAGCAUUACUGCCUCAAGAAUAAAGUCACCGAAGAGAAUGAAUCCAACUUGUUCCAGGAAAUACAAACGAUCAAAGAGCAAAUGGUGUCCAACUGCGCAAACUGGGAGAGACUCAAGCUGGAAAAGUCUGCGGCGGAAUCGGCAUUUGAACGAGAACUGCGGCAGCUGCGGGCGCGACAGGAAGCGGAACUGGCCGCCACGGAGGAGAACCUACGCAAGUGUCACUCAGCCCAGACUGAACACCUGAAGGUGGAGCAUCAGUCGGAAAUGGAGGAGCUUCGGACCCAGCAGCAGGAGCAGGUGGAGGAGAUGUCAGCUCACCACCAGGCAGUCAUUCAGGAGCUCAGAGACAUGCAUAACAUCACCAUGGCAACGCUGCACGAGGAGCAUGCCCGAACCAUGAGAGACUUAAGGAAAGCCCACGAGCAACACAAGAUGUUGCUUGAGGAGGAUUUUGAGAAACUGAGGCUUUCUCUUCAGGAUCAAGUGGACACGCUCACAUUUCAAAACCACAGCCUGCGGGACAAAGCCAAGCGCUUCGAAGAGGCGUUGAGGAAGAGCACCGACGAACAGAUAAUUGAUGCCUUAGCGCCAUACCAGCACAUUGAGAAGGAUCUCAAGAGCUUGAAGGAGGUUGUGGAAAUGAAGAACCAGCAAAUACACCAGCAGGAGCAGAAGAUCUCCGACCUGGAGAAAGUGCAGGCCCAAAAGAAUGUGCUCCUGGAGGAGAAAGUCCAGGUUCUGCAGCAACAAAAUGAAGAUCUGAAAGCUCGUAUUGAAAGGAACCUCACCUUAUCUCGGCAACUGUCAGAAGAGAACGCCAACCUCCAGGAAUCGGUCGAGAAAGAGAGCACAGAGAAGAAGAGGCUGAGUCGAAACAACGAGGAGCUGCUGUGGCGUCUUCAGACCAGCCCCCUGAUGUCUCCUUCGUCUUCCCCCCUCCACCGCUCGUUCUCUACCUCCCCCAUCCCGUCAUCCCCAUUGUUCUCGUCCUCACCUGCUCCUCCGCUGGGAUGCCACUCUCCCACCCAUUGCCAAGGCUGCCCACAGCAGCCGCAGUCCACCUCCCCCUUCCAUACGGGCAAUCAGAAUUACUCCCCCGGCCCGGCCACACCCACCCACAGGGUACCAGCCAAUCAGAAUUACUCACCGGGGCCAUGCACACCCACUCACAGGGCCACAGCCAAUCGCAAUCCGUUAGCUUGUCUCACUUUACAGAGAUAAAAACCUUCAUUUUUCCUUCCAUUUUAAAUGAUUUCCUCAAAUGACUACUCUGAGUUUGACUGCUGAUGCUUUCUUGCACGUAAAGAUCGUUUUUACCAAACAUGCAAGAGAACUUAGCUCAGUGGUUGUAUAUACUAUGUACAUGAGCGACACAAAUGGUGACAAUGUGAAGUCACUUCCCACAAAGCGAGGAAGCAGCACACAAGAACAAAAUCAUCCUGUGUUCAGAACACAAAUGCAUUCAAUUAAAUAUGUCACACACUCUCCCACUGGGAUGAGUUUGCCAGUUCUCUUUUUACAAAGCUAAAGCCGCAGCAAAGCGCCUUACUUCUGCCGUUUCACCAGCAAAGGUCAGUCAAUUUUUAUCAACUAUUUGUCGGUUUUAAUUGGUUUUAGGGAAGACCUUCAUUUGCAUAAAAACCUGUGGUAUCUGUCCAGAAAUGCAGAUAAGGAACUCCAAAGAAGUGCAGUUAUACCGUGACUUAAGAGUGACCCGACUUAAGUGUUUUUCGAGAUACGAGACUUGAUUUUUUUUUUUCCUUUGACUUCCAAACAAAAAAUGUACAUACGCGCGCCAAAUGAUGGCAGCAAACUUCAACUCAUAGUUUGGCAGAUAUUAAACAAUUGUU